AUGAAGAGGACGGAGAGGCACAUGGUCAUGGGUCCUGUGUAUAAACACUUUGAUUUGGAGAGGAAGAAUGCCAGGUGGGCCGAAGCCAGACUCAGCCAAACACUGCAGGGACUGGAGCACAUCUGCCUGUACCAUAUGAAGCUGCUGACCCGGGAGCAGAGACAGCUCCAGAAAGAACGGCAGAGGUUGCAACAAGCAGAUAUGAUCAAGAAAAAGCUCUCCUCUUACUUGGGGAAUGGAAUUCAGAAGAGACCAGAAGAUGUCCUUGUGCCCUCACCGCCAGGAGGACAGAAGCACCGAGUUCCGCAGGCAAAUAAAGUUAGAGCCCUGGCCACCAACUCGACCCAAGAAAUAUAUAAAAUCCAGUCCCAGAUGCCUCCCUUCGAUCACACUGGCCUAAAGGACUCCGUGAAAAGCAAAGAACAGUCACUCUCUCAAAAUUACAAAGCUUCCCCCUUCACAGCAGAGAAGCCACAAGCCCGAGAGAAAGAUCGUCUAAGACCCCCAAAGGGCAAAGACUCCAACAAGGGCAUCUCUAUUCUGUGUCAAGAUCAAGUCGUCUCCAUCAACACCCUGGGCCAAGGCCCUGGUUUCAGCCCAGCUGGUGGGACUGAUGAGGCCAGAUCACAGGAUGCCAACCUGAAGCCAGACCCCAAUGCUGGCAGACAAAGUCCCCUGAAUCCCAGGGAACGUGCAGGAAAUCUGAAACACGAGUCCAUAACACCUACCUUCCUAGAGCUGUUUGUGAAGGUCAGAAAUGCCCACUACCUCCGGCACAGGGCUCCCCCUGAGUCUGAGAGGUUGCUUAGUACUGGGGAGAUGUUCGGGCACAAGGAAUCCUUCCAGCCCAGAGGGAGACAGGAGUAUGAGAACAGGGCGGGCUUCCUUCGUCUCUAA